UGCGGAUCCAUCCCCUCGGCCGCAGGCGUCGCCGCCGUCCCCUGCGUCAACCCCCUCCCGCUCCCCCGCCGCUCCACCACUCUACCCCGCCGCCAUCCCCCGCGACAGCCUCCCUACCCAAACUGCCGUCUACCGCCGGCCACCCACCACUCUCCUCCAACGCCAUCCCCUGUGACAACCCCGACCCCCGCCCUACCGUCCCCCGCCGGCCACCACAUCUGCUGCCUGCGUUAUUAUGCCUGGCUGCGUUUUGGGGCAAAUAAUUUCGCGGGAGACGGAGGCGAGAGCAGAGUUGAUUUCCUUGUGCAAUCGAGGAAGAGAGGAUGUCGAUUUCGGAUUUUUACGGCGAGGGCAGCCCCAAAGGAGUGAUUUUUAUGUGGAAUCUGUCUGUUGACAAGUUCUAAUCCGAAUCCUCCUCCCUCUCCACUGAAUAAUCUCCUCCUUUCUGUAGGAGACUCGGCCGAGUCGGGGCAGGAGGGGCCGCCUAUAUCGAUCUAAUAAAUUGGCGUCCCCGAUUUGAUUUUCGCCGGCGAUUAGUAAGCAGUCUAAAUAAACAGAGGAGGAGGAGGAGAGGGGAUUACUUUUGUUGUCGCAGAUCCAGUAAGUUAGAUAUAUCUUAAGGCCAUUUGUCGAUCCAAUCAGCCAUGAAGAACAAAAGCGGUGGUCACAGACGCAGUAAAUCAGCUCGCAACGAAGCUGCUGCUGGCAACAAGAAUGGUCGUCGCAGGCGGAAUAAAUCAGCUCGCCACGGAGCAACUGCUGAUGAUGGAGACAGGCUUAGCAAGCUCCCCAAUGACCUUCUACUCAAUAUUCUGGAGAGGGUGGACACACUCGAUGCUAUAAGGACCUGCAUCCUCUCCAAGCAAAUGCUGAAUCUCCCCACCAUGCUCUCGCAGUUCUUCUUGAGUGCUGGUUCCAUUCCAGGUCACCAUGAUAAGGCUUGUCUUUUCAGCUGCAGUGAAGUUUUCCGAACCAACAAUGCUGUGGCUCGUGUAACGGAUAACAUUUUGUGCACAAGGAAUCCGAAGAUCGCCAUUACUAAACUCAAAAUCAGAUUUAUCUUGAUGCCACAUGACUCUCUCACCAUUGCCAAAUCUGUUGCCCGCGCCAUGGCAACCCAGAAGGUUGGCGCAGCUGAAUUUGAGAUCAGAACGGAGAAGGAUUAUGAGGACUGCUCUCCUGCCGAUCUCCUCCAAUUUGCAAAGCAGUUAAAUAAUUUUGUUGGUGCAUGUUGGGAUACAUUUGCUGGCCUCACACGCCUGUGGCUGUGCAAUAUGAGGUUCGGUGAACUGGACAUCCCCAACAUCCUCAGCACUUGCAAACUCUUGGAGUCUUUGCAUUUAACCAAUUGCGACUCAGGGACCGAUUCUGUGCUGCAAGUAAAACAUGCUCAACUUGUUGAGCUCCAGGUUGACUAUGGGGAAUUUGAUAGAAUUGAGCUGACAUGUCUACCAAAACUCCAACGGGUGAUCUAUAAUUAUUGGUGCACUUAUGAAGAUCCUCUGUAUUUUGGUUUUGUACCACAGCUUUCAAAGCUAAACCUCACUAAAACUGGCAUCCGUUCGGAGAAGAUUCUUGAGUUAAGUCAGCUCCUUGCUAAUGUUCCUUCCCUAAGCGAUCUGCAUCUGGAUUUUGAAAGUGAAAAGAUCUGGGUUAUACCAGAAUGCCCGAAACUGCUCACGCCUGUGCUUAGCAAACUACAGCAUGUGAAUCUAGAGAAUCUUCCUGAAGGUUGUGAUUUAGCUUGGACAAUGUUUUUUCUUGAAGCCGCACCCUUCCUCAAAGAGCUGUGCAUCACAGUAUGGGAUCAUUGGUGCAUAAUGGCGACAGACCCAGAAUUUCGGAAGAAAUAUGGUUUCUGCCAAAAGGCAGAUGUGAAUUGGAAGCCACAUGUCCCUGAUUUCAAGCACAAGAAUCUGGUUAAGCUCACUAUCAAUGGCUUCCAACCCGACGACGGCUUUAUGGAAUAUAUCAGGAAUAUCUUGGAACAUGCGGUUAAUAUAACAGAGAUAUCUCUGUAUGACAGGAAGGUUUGUGGAAGUUGUGGUGAAUUGGCUCCCGAGAUCAAGGACAAGGUUUGUCCAUCAAGAUAUCCACAGACAGACGAGGAGAGGAAGCAGAUAACCGAGGGGUUGGGUUUGGCUUCGCGUGCCAUGGUUCACUUCCGUUCCUAAUUUUUUUCGAGAAAACGCAGAAGAUUUUUGCCUUUCAUUUCAUUGAAAAGGAAGGAGUUUGAGUUACAAUCCUCCUAGGAGGCAAGCAUACAAUGUGAAAACGCGAAAUUAGUGUACAUCCCAAGUCUGGGGGGGGGGGGGGGGGGGUAUAUGUAGUUUGAAAGAUCAGUCGGAAGGAGUUCCUGAACUCCAUGAUUCUGUAGUUACCAUGUCCGUACUCUUCCCCUGAAUUGAAGCUUGUACUAUUGAGGAAAUAUUUAUUAAGUAGAAAAGUAUAUUUAUGGCA